AUGACCCCUGCCAGCGGUGGUCCUCGCAGGGGAUCAAACAAACCCAUUGAGCGUCGUGGUUCAUCCAAUGUCUCGUCCCGCAGACAAUCUAUCGACCCAUCUCGUCUAGUGCGGAUGGACAAGGUCACUCAUGUUGGCGGUACUGAUAACUUCAACGUCGUUUUCAUCGGCGCAGGGAAUAUUAUGUUUGGCUCGGAUGAAGGUCCAUGGAAUCACUCUUUCCGUUUUGAACACAAACUGGGUCUUCGCCUCAAAGUCGUCGCCAUCGUUGACCCCGCUGUCGAGCGUGCCAAGGACGUCCUCCGCAAGAAAUGCGACUCCUUUGUCGUUUCCGCGUACCAGGCCACGGAGGUCUACAAAAACUUUGAAGAGUUCUUGAAACAGCGCGACUCAUCCCAGCGGAUAAACGCGUUCCUCAUCGGCUCCCCUCCCAUGUUCCGUGGUACCACAACGUCAGGCCGGGACAUCGAAAUGCAAAUAAUGAAACAUUUCCCUGGAGUCGCCAUGUUCAUUGAAAAGCCUGUGGCCACAGGCCCCAAGAGCGAGUUGGACGAAGCGUUUAAGGUCUCCAAGAGCAUUACAGAGAGUGGAGCCAUCUGCUCUGUUGGGUAUAUGCUGAGAUAUCUGAAGGCAGUUCAGAUGAUGAAACAGAUCAUUGAGGAUAACGGUCUGACUGUCAUGGCUACCAUUGCACGCUAUGCGUGCGCAUACGAAGCUAUUGCAAAACCCGAUUGGUGGGAUAAGUCAAAGAGUGCCGGUCCUAUCAUUGAACAAGGGACCCACUUCUGCGAUCUCUCCCGUUACUUUGGUGGCGAAGUUGACAUUUCCUCUGUCACCGCCCACUCGCUUGAAUGGGAUGAGAAUGCUGGUCAUUUGUCCAAGAUGUCCAUCGAUGAAAGCAAAAUCGCCCCCGAGAACAGGAUUCCCCGAGUCACUGCAGCAACUUGGAAAUACGACUCUGGCGCUAUUGGGAGCUUUACCCACGUCGCAACCCUGCAGGGCCACAACUACAGCUGCGAGCUUGAGGUGCAUGCUGAUGGUUACUCGCUGAAGCUUGUCAAUCCAUAUGUACAGCCCAUGCUAUAUAUCCGUGAGCCCGGAGAUGACCAUGAACGCAUGGUGACCUUCCCCGACGACGAUCCAUUCUUCUCUGAGGUUUCCAACUGGAUUGAUAUUAUUGAGGACAUCGAGGAGGAUCCAGAUGCCGCCCAGAUUUUGAGCUCGUAUGAAGAUGCUUGUAGGACUUAUGAGCUGACCUGGGCUAUCCGCGAAGCUAGUGAGCGCUCCCGCGCGGCGAAGCUCGCUGCAAGCAACGUCAAAGUCGAAUCUACUUAA